AUGGUGUUAAUAUUGUUCUGUUGUGUUAUAAGAGCCAUAAGUAGACCAGCGAAGAUAGAGAAUAAUGAUGCCGAAGAAGAUUACGAAACUAACAACGAAGGGAAGGAUGCUGAACUUAGACGUGAAAAUAAUGAGUCUCGUAAACCAACGGCGGAUGCGCAAGAAUCUGAAGUGGUUGAAAAUCAAAGAGAUCAGGCAAAUGUGAAGCAAGUAGGUGACUUAAUGAGAUCUGACGUCGAAUCACCACAAGCCGUCGAAGAAGAAGGUGGUGAAGACGCCGAAGAAGAUCAAGAGGAAACUGAGGAUGAUCAACCGAUGAGACCUAGAUAUAGUGUACCUGGUUUAAUUAAAGCUGGAAUUCAGAAUAAAAUAGUCAAGGAAGACCUGAACGAUGACACCCUACUCUCAAAACCUUUAAAUUCAAUCGCCCGUGGGAAACAACGCCAUGCUAACAAGUAUAUGGAAACCAACGAUCAGCUAGACAUGGAUUCACAGCUCUUGACAAACCGAGAAGCCAAAUCUGUAAAAUCCGACCGAAACGACGAACGCGGAAAAAUCCUAACGAAUAGAAAGAUUUCUGAUAUCACAAACUCAUCUCCUGAAGGUGGUGAUUUGUUAUUUGAUAAUAACGAAAAUAAUGUUGGACCACAAGGAAAAGAUAGAAGUGGAUAUAAUAAUAAUGACCCUGUAGAACCUAGUGAACAAGAACGCUAUUUCAAACAUUAUUACAAUAAUAUGCAAGCUGAACAUCGAGGGAAUAUGCCUGACAAAUCCUACGAAAAUCAGUAUAACGUUAAUAGGGACCGACGAGAAAUAGAUAGCAAAUCCAAGGAUGGCGACAAUGCAAUAAUAGACACCAAUGACGCAAAUGAGAACGAGCAGCUUUUAAGCCCAUCUACUGAAAAUGAAGAGGCAGCAAUCAAAAGGCAUGUAAAGAAAUUAUCUUCUAAAGAAUUGGAAGAAUUAUUAGCUUUACUUUCUGACGAUAAAAGAGAAUUGUUGAAAAAAAUUAUAAGUGACGAUGUAGAUGUUACUGUUGACAAUAUAAAUAAGAGAGAAAUUACCAAAAAAGCUGGGGCCGCUGCCUCUGAUGAUAACAGUUUUUUGGAGGGUAUACAGGUGGAGGUUAGUAAACUUCAGGAAGGCAGUUCGUCUGAAGAUGGUAUUGGUUAUAGUCAACAAAGCACAGAAUCAACACAAUAUAGUAAACAAACUGAAACAACAGGAGUGACGGAAUCUGUGACCAAAUAUUCCAGCUCAAGUAAUAAUUUUAUGACUCCAGAUAAUAAAGUGGAGUUAAGAGAACAUGUUGAUGAUCUGAAACAGGAUAAAUCCAAAAGUGAUGCAACUCUUGUAGAAUGUAACAAAGAUAAAGUCAACAUAGAUGAUCAAUCAUCAGUAAAAACAGAAAUUAAAAGAGAGGCUAAACUUGGUGACUUAAGUGACAAUGAUAUGUCCUUUAACGAAGGCAAACUACUUGACAAUAAUUUCGAAGAUCAAGAGUUAUCAAAUGAAGAAGGUUAUAAUAUGUGUCCCCAAGACGACGAAUUUUCUGAAAUAAUUGAUGAUGAUUCUCAGUUACAUAAUACCAACGGAAACUCUAUGAAACGAGAAGCUGUAGACCUUUCAGAAUCAAUGAAAUCCUUAGAAGAAUCUUUCCCGAAUUCCAAUGUUUACGAUGAUACGGAUCUUUACGCUGGUACAAUGUUGGCACCUUUGGUUAGAGUGAAAAGGCGAAAUACGGAGUUAGCUAUGAAAAAGAGGGCCGCCGCUCUGUCACCUGAAGCAAAUGUAGCUUAUUUUCCGUAUAGAGCUGAAAAUGACGAUGAAGAUAAUGACGAGGGCAAUGAAUUCGAUGAUGAUGGGUUUUUUGAUCGCACUUCAAACUUAGCCAAGAGUAACUUAAAGGCUAAAGUGCAAGAAGAAUCACCUGUUGAUAUUGGUUCGUCGAAGCGCCUCAAACCUAAUUCUAAAUAUGGUAAAAGUAACGAUGUGAUCCAUUCAAAAAAUUUGCAAAUCGAAAAAUUGGAGAGUGAUACGAUGAGCCUCGGUUCAGAUACAGAUGGUGUAAUUUCUGGCGUAGAAGGAGUCGAUGAUAAUCUAAUGUACAACAGUGCUUCCAGAAAUAAACGUUCAGAAGAAGAGUCUAAAGCCAAUGAACAUGUUGAUGAUACAGAACCAAAAUUUAACCGUCUCAUUCGCUCCACAUUGUUGAUGGAUGAUGAAAUACAGACGGCUUCAGAACAUCUUGUCGCUGCUGCCGUUGCAAACUACCAAGAAAAUGAUGCAUUUGGCUCUCUACCUAGUAACUACGAAGGAGAACUUACUCGAUACAAAAGAAUAAGACGUGUCAAACAACCUCCAAAUCAAGACGCGUCUUUUGUUGUCUGA